UGAAUGUGCUCACACCCCCAUCCCCCGACACACACAGAAUCAUGGAGAGAGACAGAAAAGGCUCUCUUUCACACACACACGCUCACACGCGCGCGCACUCGCUCUAUUGCACACAUCUUCUGUUGAAGCGCUCACAAGCGCGAAUCCACUGACGAAGUGCGGAUGAAAAUGAGAGGCACACUCGUGUUCGAGUAAACGCGUGUUUUUGAGUCGGACCCUAAACUCUGAACGGAUCACCAUGGGAGCUGUUUGGACUGCACGGCUCCUCUGUUUGUUUUUGCUCUUGUUAAAUACUCGCCAAAGCGCCGCAGUUCCUCACAACACUGAUUCAGAUCAGUGUGCAGACGGCAGCGAUGCCUGUCACAUUGAUGCUAUUUGUCAAAAUACCCCAACUUCAUACAAGUGCACUUGUAAAACAGGAUUUAAAGGGGACGGGAAACAUUGUGAAGACAUUGAUGAAUGUGAUCUGGAAUACAAUGGCGGCUGUGUACACGAAUGUAACAACAUACCCGGCAAUUACCGCUGUACUUGCCUUGAUGGGUUUCAUUUGGCACAUGAUGGACACAACUGUCUCGAUGUGGAUGAAUGUAUCUUCAACAAUGGUGGCUGUCAGCAUGUAUGUGUCAACACCAUGGGAAGCUAUGAGUGCCGCUGCAAGGAAGGCUUUUUCCUGAGUGACAAUCAACACACAUGCAUCCAUCGCUCCGUGGAAGGCCUGAGCUGUAUGAAUAAAGAACACGGCUGUGCUCACAUCUGUAAGGAAACACCGAAAGGUGGAGUGGCCUGUGAGUGCCGGCCAGGUUUCGAGCUGGCCAAGAACCAGCGGGGCUGCAUCUUGACCUGUAACCAUGGCAACGGGGGCUGCCAGCACAUCUGUGAGGACACCGAGCAGGGGCCCAUCUGCAGGUGUCACGUCAGGUACACCCUGCACACAGAUGGCAGGACCUGUGUAGAAAGGGAUGAAACGGCCCCCACCACCCCUGAUCACAAUGCCACAUCCUUGGCCGAGGUAGACAAACGAGUUAAGCGUCGACUGCUUAUGGAGACGUGUGCGUUGAAUAACGGAGGCUGUGAUAGCACCUGUAAGGACACAUCCACAGGUGUACGCUGCAGCUGCCCAGUAGGAUUUACUCUUCAACCCGAUGGCAAAUCCUGCAAUGACAUCGAUGAGUGUGAACUCCAUAAUGGUGGCUGUGACCACUACUGCAGGAACACCAUUGGCAGCUUCGAAUGUAACUGUCGAAAAGGCUUCAAACUGCUGACGGACGAGCGUUCGUGCCAGGAUAUUGACGAGUGCUUUUUUGAGAGAACAUGCGACCACACAUGUGUCAACUCACCUGGUAGUUUCCAGUGUGUUUGCAACAAGGGCUACACUCUUUAUGGGCUUGCCCAUUGUGGAGACAUAAACGAAUGUAGUUUGAACAAUGGAGGAUGUGAGCACACCUGUGAAAACACCAUGGGAAGCUUUGAGUGCCACUGUCAUGCUGGUUACAGACUGCACUGGAACAAGAAAGACUGUAUCGCAGAGGACUCUGCACUAGUGAGGCCACCUGCCAGGCCCACUCUCAACUGCAGUAAGCAGGGAGGGGGUGAGCUCUGCUACCUGACCUGCCAGUCGCAGGUUCAUAUCAGUAGUGGAGCUGAAGAUUCAUACACCGUGACCUGUGGCAUGCCCUUGCCGUGCCACGCAGGAGGACAGUGGAAAGGGAAUGGAUCCUAUUGCCCAGGUUCUGGAAUCAAAACCAUUGCUACAUUUAAAUCUGGACAGGGGAAGUGCAAUCUGAAGCGGAGUCAGGAAAAUCUUGCACAGAGCUUUAAAACCGCCCUGUCAGAUAAAAGAGCCACCGAGAAUGUCCAGUUCAGCUUUGUUAGCCUGCACUGUGCCUCUUCAAGCAGACAGCAACGUAGUCGCCACGGGCGGAAGGCUGGCGAGGAGGAAGGGUCCUCCAUCACUGCCCAGUUUGAGCUGGAUGUGAACCUGGAGGAGGUAACAGCAGAGGGCUGUGACCUGGCAUGUGUUCGGCGGCGCUCUGAGAAGCGGCUUAGGAAGACUAUCCGCACUCUUCGGAAGUCCAUUAACCGGGAGCAGUUCCACCUGCACUUCGCUGGAUCGGAGUAUGAGCUGGCUAAGAAACUCGUCCGGCCCGCUGACCCACCAGACCACUGCGGCACCGGACAGAUUCUGCUCGACAAAAAAUGUGUCAAAUGCAGCGUUGGCACGUACUAUGAUGGAGAGCAGGGAAGGUGCUUUCUUUGCCCCCCUGGGACGUACCAAGAUGAAGAGGGGCAGGUGUCAUGUGACGUGUGCCCGGGACCCGAGGGCCGGGGAAUCCCAAGAACCAAAGGGGCACGCAACAUCUCAGAGUGUGGAGGUCAGUGUCGUCCUGGUCAGUUCUCCCAUGAUGGUUUUGUGCCCUGUGUGCCCUGCCCACAAGGCACCUAUCAGCUUGAGGUCGGCCGAACUUCCUGCUUCCCAUGUGGAGGAAGCCUCACAACCAAAUAUGAUGGUUCUGUGUCCUUCCAAGACUGUGAGACUAAAGUUCAGUGCUCCCCAGGGCAUUACUACAAUACCAGCACCCACCGUUGCAUUCGUUGUCCCAUUGGAACCUAUCAGAUGGAGUUUGGCCAAAACUACUGCAUUGCCUGCCCUGGAAACACUACUACUGAUUUUGAUGGAUCCACAAACAUUAUGCAGUGUAAAAACAGACACUGUGGAGGAGAGCUGGGAGAAUUCACCGGCUUUAUCGAAUCCCCCAACUACCCCGGCAACUACCCGGCCAACAUCGAGUGCACCUGGACCAUCACCCCUCCUCCCAAGCGCAGAAUCCUCGUUGUGGUACCUGAGAUCUACCUUCCUAUGGAAGACGAGUGUGGGGACUAUUUGGUCAUGCGGAAGAGCUCUCUUCCCAAUUCAGUGACGACUUAUGAGACGUGCCAGACAUAUGAGCGACCCAUCGCCUUCACCUCCCGUUCAAAGAAACUCUGGAUCCAGUUCCGCUCCAAUGAAGGAAACAGUGGAAAAGGCUUCCAAGUGCCGUAUGUAACAUAUGAUGAGGACUACCAGGAGCUCAUUGAGGACAUUGUUAGGGAUGGAAGAUUAUAUGCCUCUGAGAAUCAUCAAGAAAUUCUUAAGGACAAGAAGCUAAUGAAGGCCCUGUUUGAUGUCCUGGCUCAUCCGCAAAACUUCUUCAACUACACUGCACAAGAGUCUAGAGAAAUGUUUCCAAAAUCAUUUAUCAAAUUUCUCCGCUCCAAAGUUUUGAGAUUCCUACGCCCCUGAAUUAUGUGAAAUAAUCUUCUAUGGAUUAAAUAUUUGGUGUUCCAGAGAAAUUUUAAAUGACUGACCUGGAACAAAUAUUUCCUGAAUGUUCUUGGCCGCCUGCAUACUUGCGGAUUCAAGAUGACUUCUUGGACCGAUGAGAUGAGAGCUCACAAGAAACUUUCCUAAAUGCGUCAUUGGAAUUUAUUCUCCUGAAAAAAAAGAACUGUUUUUCCAGUGAAUGGAUUUAUUGCUGCCCUUCUAAUAAUUCUAAAAUGAACUGCCACCUUUGAAGAAAAUAAUUCUUCAUGUUUCAUUCCUUUAUUGCCCAGAUGUGACUGUUACAAAAACAUUUUCAUUACAGCCUGAAGUAUAGUCAGGAAAAAAGAAGAGCAACUAGAUUGCUUGUUAUCUAUUUUAAGUCAUUUCACAAAAUUGGCAAUUUUUUCUGAAAAUAUGUUUGACCAGCUUAUUUUGAAACUUCAGACAACUACCAAGUCAUUUUUGCAAGUUUGAAUGUGUUGUACAUUAUGUAAAAAAAAUUGCAUCAGCUCUCAUGUUACUAUAUUGUAUCUUUUUUUUUUUUUGCAUUGUAGCCUUCUUCAGUACAUGACAUACAUGUAUUCUUCAUUUGUUUUCGAGUAAGAAACCGUAGAUGUACACAGUAUUUUUUCAGUGAUACUGGUUAGACAUUAUGGUCAUUUAAUAUAUCACUUAUCAGUUUCUCUGCAUUCACUUCUAUCACACUUCCUUCACCUAAACUGACUGUUGGAUUAAGGGGCUCUUGAUGUAGGAUUCAUUACUCAUUGAUGACAUGCAGAGUAAAUUAAAUGUUUAUAUUUUAUGGUUGUACAUCUAACAUGUAAAUAAAGAAAUACACUCAAAA